GAAGUUAUCCAAAACUAGUGUUUCACUUUGAACUUAAGAGAAACAUCCUGUAUUUCAUACUAGAGACAUAUGUACCAUCAAUUCUACUCGUUGUGCUCUCCUGGGUAUCAUUUUGGAUAAGCCAGUCAUCGGUUCCAGCCAGGAUCUGCAUAGGUGUUACCACAGUACUUACUAUGACAACACUGAUGAUGGGAGCCAGGACUUCACUCCCAAAUGCUAAUUGCUUUAUUAAGGCAAUUGAUGUGUACCUCGGUAUCUGCUUCAGUUUCAUCUUUGGAGCACUGUUGGAGUAUGCUGUGGCUCAUUUCUGCACUCUGCAUCAACUCAGUUCAAAGGAACUUCCAAAGGAUGGGGCUGAAGAUACUGAAGAAGAGAGGAAUGGAGUCCUGUCAGCAGUCACUAACAGUUGCAGUGCCCCUGAGAAUACGAAAGAGAUCGACUCCAAUAAGAGCAGCAAAACCAGCAUUGAUGCAAAAAGGGAGAGAAGUAAACACAGAGGGUGUAGUUCACCAAUGUCAGUAAUGAAAAGACUUUUCUGUAUCUUUGAUUGCUUCCAUGUUAAAAAUCCUUACCACAUAGACAACUAUGCCAGAUUUUCUUUCCCGUUAUCAUUCAUCAUAAUUAAUGUAUUUUAUUGGGUUUAUUAUUUGUAUUUCUAG